AUGGACCUUGUUCUUCUUUCGACUAGCAAGUUCUUAUCUGGUCAGUUUAAAAUAGAAAGGCUUUGGGAUCCCAGAAAAAUAACAAGUGUGAAUGUUGAUAGAAAAUCAACACGCAAUCAAGCAGGCAUCACAAAUCGCUGGCGCAUACCAGCACCUCUGGGGUCUGAUAUGAUGGGGCGAACCCAGGCUAUUAAAGCUAUCCAAGUUUGCUUCAAUGAGUCAUUGCAAAGAAUAUUGACAGCUGAUGUCCCAAUUUCCAGCUGGUACAAAUACAGUGAUAGGUGUGCUUCUCCAUCUCAUAUUCCCACCUGUAUGCCCUAUCUUCCAAAGUGCUAUCCUACGUCUAAAUCUAAAUCUGACAGUACUCUUGAACCAAUCUUCUCUAGAAAGAGUUUUAAUGUGUCUGAAUCCUUUAUAAGAAAGGACCUCAUAUAUUGCUAUUCAAGUAAGGUGACAGAAGACAAGAAUCCAGAUGUCGUCUUACAAUGUCUAGACUCCUUCUGGGAGCUACACAGUCAAUAUUUGUUAAAAUCAAAACUGCUGCUAGAACUACUAACUACUGCCGAUGAGUCGAAAAAUAAAAUUUGCAGGAACAUUGCCAAAAAUACAACAGACAUUCAUCAAAAAGGGAGUUUAUUUUAUUGCAAUUCAGAAGAUAAAAGUUGUCCACUCCAAACCCGCAAGUCCCAAACUUCUGUUCACUGCAACCAAAGGACACAAUCUGCCCAGUGGGUCCUCAAGCCACAGUCAAAUAUUUCAUUGAAACAGCUGAAGAAUAUGGUGAACAUAAAGCUUGAUAUUGAAGAUCAGCAUAUUACUAAAGAAGCAUUUGCUGUUGCUUUGGGAAACUUGUACAAUGCUGAACUAGAAGUGGAUGUGAAAUAUGCUGUGAGUGUCCUGACUGCUGCUUCAAUUCUGAAAUUUCCAACUCUGUUUCAAAAGUGUGUCUCCGUCAUGAUGAAUAACAUAAAUUCCACCACUGUAUGCCAUUUUCUUACAGCUGCCCUCAAGUACAACCUGGACCUUCUAAUGCACGACUGUGAGAGGUGGCUGGAGUUAAACCUUACUGUGCAUCUCAGAUAUGAGGCCAAUUUCCGUGACCUACAAUUGGAUUUCCUGCAUAAAAUAUUGCUAUCGCCCAGAUUGUUCACUUUUAGUGAAUACCAUGUCCUACAAACUGUCCUCUGCUGGAUUUUCCUUCAGAUGAACCCCAAGGUACGGAUAAUGCCAUCAUACAACGGCAUCUUAACGUAUUUUAUCAGUUUGCCGAAGACAAGUGUCUUCUUGGAAAAGGAAAUUGGAGAAAGGUUCCUAGCGCUGUUUAAAGCUCUCCGCCUGCACGGGAUAACAGAGACUAAGCAUCUUGAAGAGCUGCAGCAAAUCAAUUUGUUCCCACAGGCUUGGCUGCUGCAGAUACUUACCCACAACUACCAUGCACUACAGCAUGGGGGGGACAUGCCAUUCCUGAAAGACUUUUCCACUCAAGCUAUCCGAUUUGGAUUCAUCAUUACAGAGGAGCCACAGUACUACUCAGAAAUGAUUGCACACUGUGGAUUUUAUUUUGAACUAAAAGCUGUUCAGGAAAGAAAGAAAUCUAUCUACAGCUUUUACAUACAGAGACUAAAACACACAGACUCGAGUUUGCCCUUCAGAAUUUGUGAACGCUAUGCGUUUAGUUUACGCCAGGAACGUGAAAUUCAGUAUGCAAUUCAAGUACAGUCAUUGGUUGAUGAACGAUGGCAAGUCUUUAAUUCUGGGAAACAGACCCAGAAAUUUGGCGUUACUAAAAAGACAUGCCACAGUCAGGUCCUGAUGAUUGCUGGACUCACCAUGCCUAUUUUUGUGACUUUUGCUCUUCUUUUUCCCGCAUCGUGACACAGAGCCAAAGGGAAGGGAACCUUCGAACUGUCUAAAAUUUCUGAAUUAAAAAAAAAAUAACACA